AGGAUGGCGCGCCUGGGUUUCCUCCUCCCCGUGGGCUUCCUCCUCCUCAACAACAUCAUGGCCCAGGGAGAGUAUGGCGUGGUCCAUGUGGUGUCGGAGAACUGGAGCAAGGACUACUGUGUCCUUUAUAGCUCUGACUACGUCAACCUGCCACAGGACCUGCGCCACGCCCCGCUCCUGCCCCUACACCUUGGCACCAUGGCACCUUGGUGCCCGAGCAAGGACUCUUCCCACCAGGCCCAGCCUGGCUCCCCUAGCCAGCGGCCCCUCCACCACACCACUGCCAUGGUCAUGAGGGGCAACUGCAGCUUCUACGACAAGGGCUGGCUGGCUCAGGGCCAGGGUGCCCAUGGGCUAAUCAUCGUGAGCCGGAUCAGUGGGCAACAGUGCUCAGACACCACCCUGGCGUCCCAGGACCCCCACAAGCCCCUGCCCGACCUCACCAUCCCUGUGGCUGUGCUCCGCUACACCGACAUGCUCGACAUCCUCAGUCAUACUUACGGGGACGGCGUGGUCCAUGUGGCCUUGUACGCACCCCCAGAGCCCAUCAUGGACUACAACAUGGUGGUCAUCUUCAUCCUGGCUGUCGGCACCGUGGCCGCUGGUGGCUACUGGGCUGGGCAGACCGAGGCUGACCAGCUGCAGCGGCACCGGGCCCGAGGAGGAGGAGGGGGACCUGGAGGUCACAAUCAGCCACAAGCAGCAGUGGCCGAAGGGGCCCAGGGGCCCCAAGAGGAAGAAGAAGAUGAGGAUGCGCCAGUGGACUUCACGCCAGCCAUGACGGGUGUGGUGGUCACCAUGUCCUGCUCCAUCAUGCUGCUACUCUACUUCUUCUAUGACUAUUUCGUCUACGUCAUGAUUGGAAUUUUCGGCCUGGGUGCUGGCACUGGCCUCUACAGCUGCCUGGCCCCCCUGGUGCGCUCCUUGCCCCUGUGGCAAUACCGGCGGUCCCUGCAUGGUCGCCGGGCCUUCCUGCAGCCACCCCUGCUGAUGCUGGCUGGCCUGUGCAUGCUGGUGACCAUCCUCUGGGUUGCCUACCGUAAUGAGGACAGCUGGGCAUGGCUCCUGCAGGAUGCGCUGGGCGUGGCCUACUGCCUGUUUGUCCUGAGACGGGUGCGGCUGCCCACACUCAAGAGCUGCACCUCCUUCCUGCUGGCCUUGCUGGCCUUCGACGUCUUCUUUGUCUUUGUCACUCCCCUCCUCACCAAGACUGGUGAGAGCGUCAUGGUGGAGGUGGCCAUGGGCCCGGCGGAGUCCUCUCGCCGAGAGAGGCUGCCCAUGGUGCUCAAGGUGCCCCGGCUAAGCUUCUCGGCCUUGACCCUCUGCGACCAGCCCUUCUCCAUCCUUGGCUUUGGGGACAUCGUGGUCCCCGGCUUCCUUGUGGCCUACUGUCACCGCUUUGACGUACAAAUCCAUUCACACCAGGUCUACUUUGUGGCCUGCACCAUGGCCUAUGCCGUGGGCCUGCUGGUCACUUUCAUGGCCAUGGUUGUCAUGCAGAUGGGCCAGCCUGCCUUGCUCUACUUGGUGUCCAGCACCCUGCUCACCAGCCUAGCUGUGGCUGCCCACCGCCAAGAGCUCGCCCUCUUCUGGACCGGUAAGGGCAGAGACAAGCUCUGCAGGGCUCUUUCAUCUGACUCCGAGCAGGACCCAGGGCAUGCAGCAGAUGCCCACAUGAUCAGAGAGUCUGAGGGAGCCACCAAUCAGGGGCCAGGGGACUUAGACAGCAAUACAGGGGAAGACACAGCUGACAUUGUCACCAUAUCUGAGGAUGAAGCCACCAGCACGGAUGGCCACAGUGACAGCUCUGAGGGCUGGAGUGAUGCCAAUGUGGAUCCCCAGGAGCUUCCCUCUGUUUCCCCUGCAGCCUCAGAGCUGAUGCCAUUGAUGCCUCUGCUGUCCCAGCCUUCGGAGCUGGGCCACACCCACACCCAGGCCCGAGACGCCAGCUUGCCCUGGGCAGGGCUCCACAAGAGAAAGGGCUUGAAGCUGAAGAAGAGCGUGCUAACCCAGGCUCCCUUAUGA